AUGAAUAAGUCCGAAUGGCGUUGAUCUUAUGCCUUUUCCCCCUCUUCUUGUCUCUGCCUCUUUUCAAAACCUCUCUUCUACAUAUUACUAGGAUGGUCACCGACACUUUGCAAUGUCUAAUGGCUGAGACAGUGAGCAGUUUUCAUCCGGCCCCCUAUCCGUGGGCUUGGAAGGAAUUGCUAAGUGCAAUGGUACUUGGGCUCAGUCAAAUUCAUCAGCUGGUCUUUUGAAAGACAUGCUGUUUUUAUACCUAGGUUAGUAGAGAUAGCGGUCAAGAGAAUGCCUGACUUUGGUGUGUAUUGGAAACUCAUAUCGUUCUAGUAAUAGAUAGACUAAUUCGCUUUACGUUCGCUCGUUUGAAUGGGA